GACAAAAUCGACACUGUAAUAAAAGACGAAAGAUUUCUUACAUUAAGUGCACCUCGAGCUCGUGAAAUUGUAUUGGAAAUUGCAUUUACGAAUAUGUUGGAACCAAAACUCACCGGGUUUAUUCUCGUUCUGAUCACAUAUGCCGCUUGUAGCGAAACAGCAAAAGAAUGUUCUUUUCCGUGGAAAAACUAUGGAAAUGUUUGCUACAUGAUGAACAUCGAAAAUAACACUUGGCCAAAAUCAAAUAAGUUUUGUCAGAGCAUGGAUGGUCGGCUUGCCAGGGUUCAUUCACCUGCCCUCAACAAAUUUAUCUUUGAAACAUACAGCAAGGGGAAUAUCAGCCUGUGGAUUGGAUUGAAAUUAUGUACGGCUGUCAGUGAUGGCUCAUGGUGUUAUGCCUAUGGAAAGACGUCGAUAUAUUACAAUUGGGACGCAGGAGAGCCGGAUAAUACAACAGGAAACGAAGAAUGUGUUGAAAUGAAAAAGAACGGAUUUUGGAAUGACGAAACGUGUGAACAAGAGAGGUCAUCAAUCUGCGAAUUGUAUACGGACGAAUGUACGUUUCGAAAAAACAAAUGCGAUGCUCAUGCUAUGUGUAUGAAUACCAUUGAAUCAUAUACUUGUGUUUGUAAUGAAGGAUUCACAGGAGAUGGAAAGGUUUGCAAAGACACAGAUGAAUGUACCUUGGGGACUCACAAAUGCCAUUCUCAUGCUGCAUGCUUGAAUAACAUUGGAUCAUACACUUGCAUUUGCAAUAAAGGAUAUGCAUGGAAUGGAACCCAAUGUGAAGACAAGGAUGAAUGUACGUCAGGAACUCGGAUGUGCCACUCUCAAGCCGUAUGCAAAAACGCUAUUGGAUCAUACACCUGUUUAUGCAAUAAAGGUUUCACAGGAAAUGGGUCCUUUUGUAAAGAUGAGGAUGAAUGCACGUCAAAAACUGGGACGUGUCAUUCUCAAGCCACGUGCAACAAUACUAUUGGAUCAUACACCUGUUCCUGUAAUAAAGGAUUUACAGGAAAUGGGACGUUUUGCCAAGACAAGGAUGAAUGUACGUCAGGAACUCAGAUGUGCCACUCUCAAGCCAUAUGCAAAAACACUAUUGGAUCAUACACCUGUUUAUGCAAUAAAGGCUUCACAGGAAAUGGGUCCUUUUGUAAAGACGAGGACGAAUGUACGUCAAAAAUUAGGAUGUGUCACUCUCAAGCCACGUGCAACAAUACUAUUGGAUCAUACAUCUGUUCUUGUAAUGAAGGAUUUACAGGAAAUGGGACGUUUUGCAAAGACAAAGAUGAAUGUACGUCAGAGACUCGGAUGUGUCAUUCUCAAGCCACGUGCAACAAUACCAUUGGAUCAUAUUCGUGUACUUGUAAUAAAGGAUUUAUGGGAAAUGGGACGAUUUGCAAAGAUGGUGACGAAUGCAGGCUGAGAACUCACAGAUGUCAUUCUCAAGCCACGUGCAACAAUACCAUUGGAUCAUACACCUGUACUUGUAAUGAGGGAUUUACUGGAAAUGGAACUGUUUGCGAAGAUAAGGAUGAAUGUACCUCAGAAACUCGAAUGUGUCACUCUGAAGCCACGUGCAACAAUACUAUCGGAUCUUACACUUGUUCUUGUAAUAAAGGAUUUAGAGGAAAUGUGACAUUUUGCAAAGACAAAGACGAAUGUACGUCAGAGACUGGGUUGUGUCAUUCUCAAGCCACGUGCAACAAUACUAUUGCAUCAUACACCUGUUCUUGUAAUAAAGGAUUUACAGGAAAUGGGACAUUUUGCAAAGACAAAGAUGAAUGUACGUCAGAGAGUCCAUUGUGUCAUUCUCAAGCCACGUGCAACAAUACCAUUGGAUCAUACACCUGUUCUUGUAAUAAUGGAUUUACAGGAAAUGGGACCUUUUGCAAAGGUACCAUCGUACCAUCGUAA